GUCGUGAAUAAGGAUAAGAAGGGUGGGAGUAGGAAUAGAUGAGUGGAAUUCUCACACAACAACACAAGAGUGGGAUUAUAGUUGAGAGAAACGGACAUCAGAGGCAGCUGGAACCUGGAAGCUAAAUUUUCUACUCCCGACAAAGACACACACACGCACACGCAUAGCAUAGACUCACGAGUCACCACUCUCCACUCCAACUCCAACUCCAACUCCAUUACCCACUCUCACGAGAAAAUUAUUUUCCUCAAUAGCCCAAUAGAGAAACACCCCGUGCACUAUAAAUACCCCUUUGCCUCUACUCAUUCAUCUCGUUUCCCUCUCUCUCUCUCCCUCUCUCUCUCUCUGCCUUCCCGCCAAAACCCCACCUUCUUCUUCUUCUUCUCUCUCUCUCCCAUACUCGCUUCACGCCCUCCCCGUGUGAGUGUAAUCUUCCAGUAAAAGUGGAGUGAGAUUUUAAUCGCAUCCAAAGUUGGCCAUAUUCUCUUCUCUCUCUCUCUCUCUCUCUCUCUCUCUCUCUUGGAAUAUAUCUCUAGACGAAAAGCAAAAGUUGUUAUUUCUUUUGCUUCUACCCAUAUAUAAUAUCUUGGUUUCUUUCCGCAUCAUCACCACCAAAAGUUCCCAAACGUCUCAAUUCCUCCAGGAUAUCUGCUUCUCCACUAGAUCCACUUUUCCCCCAUCACCCUUCUUCCCCUACCCACCCAGCGUCGCUUAUUCACCUAAAAAAUUCUCACUCUUGAAACCCACCUUCAUCUUCAUGCACUAUAACACUACCCAACCUUUCCCCUUACCCUUUUAUAUUUCCUCACUCAUUUCAUUCAACCAACCUUGACCACAACCAAAGAACACUCCUUUAAUUUCUUCUUACCCUUAUCUCUCUGUAAGCCUUUAGGCAUGUCCGUACAGUCAACACUGAAGCACCAGCAGCUGAAGCUUGCAACCCCAAGUUCCCAUUUUGAAGGUGACCCACCAUGCAAAACCAAGAGGAAACCCCAAAGGAAGCUCGUUCGGAUCAUAAUCACCGACCACGACGCCACCGAUUCUGACUCAUCCACCGAUGAAGAGAGAGAAAACAACCCAACAAAGACCCGAAGAGUGAAGAGAGAAAUCACCCAAAUCAACAUGCUCCUUCCUUUCUCCGAUUCCCCGUUGUCUUCUUCUUCUCCUUAUUCUUCAACUUCCACUUGCUCCUUCUCUUCUUCCUCCGACCAAAACCCAAACAAGUUCAAGAGACCCAAAAAACCAACACCGCCAUCUGCCGCCACGCGCCGCCACAAUAAGUUCCGCGGCGUCCGGCAGCGGCCGUGGGGCCGGUGGGCCGCCGAGAUCCGCGACCCGACCCGCCGGAAACGCCUCUGGCUCGGAACGUUCGACACGGCGGAGGAGGCCGCCUCUGAGUACGACAAGAUGGCGUUGAAGCUAAAAGGUCCCAACGCCGUCACUAACUUCCCCCUCACGCCGGCGGAGGAAACGGCGGUGACGCCGGUUGUCCCCGUCGAAAGUUUGAGCAGCGAAGGCGGCAUCUCGUACUCCGACUUAGUGGCCUCGCCGACGUCCGUGUUGGCCUACGACGGCGACUCCACGCCGUUUGAUGGCUUCCGUUACGGCGACGUGGACGCCUUUGGGUUCCGCAUCGACGCGCCGUUAAGUUUGGCGGAGGUUAACGUUAUGCUGACGUGUCAUCAGCGUUAUGAGGAGGAGGAAGAGGCGUUGGACGAGUUUGAUCUCGACGAGUUCAUUUCGUGGCCCUACUAAAAAUCUCAGGGGCAGUUUGGUAAUUGUAUUGUGUCCGUAGUGUGAAGUUCCGGAAGUACCCUUCUCGUUGUUGAAGUUUGAAAUUUUGUCGUGCUCGUUGGAAGAGUGUAGAGUUCGAAAUGGCACCUGAAGCGGCGAUUCUUUGUUUCGUGACAUGAGACUAUUUGGCAGAAUUUAAUUUGUAAUUAUCGUGAAAAAGGAAAAAUCAUUUAUAAAAAUAUUUAAGUGUCUGAAUGAGUGAGUGAGAAAGGUGGAAAAAAAUGGAAAUAUCAUAUAUCAAAGAAGGAAUGACUCUAUUGUAAUUUCGUAUAUAAAAUUUGAUAAUUAUUUAAACAACUUUUGGUGUUGUCUAUAUAAAGAUUAAUGGGUUAUUGUAGAGGGGACACGUUGGCUGUCGAAUCCCUUCAAUCAGUUUCUGUGUUCGUAUUUGAAUCAUUCUAUUUCCAUUAUUCGGUUGAUAUCUUCCUUUAUGUGUUAUUUAUUUAUUCUUUAGUUGCAUGCGUAAAUGAAAUUGUUUGGGGAUGACUCAUUCUGGACACCGCAAAAAUCUUGUAAAUCUCAUAGUGCUUAGUGUUUAAAAAAUGCUUUAUAUUUAUUAUAAGAUUCUUUUAAGUGGGAUU